AUGUAUAAUUCUGAAGAUCAGUUUCAAUUUCAAGAGACAUGGGAUGCAUUGCUUCAAAGAUACAAAGUGGAAGACAAUUCUUGGUUGAAGAGUAUUUAUAAAGUGAAGGAAAAAUGGGCUCAUUGCUAUAUGAAGAAGGUGUAUACUAUUGGAAUGCGAAGUACUCAACUUAGUGAAAGUUUUAACAGUGAUUUGAAAGAUUUUAUGCGGUCAAAUUUAGACAUAAUACAUUUUCUCAAACAGUUUGAGCGAGCUGUUGGUGGCAAGCGAUACAAAGAGCUACAAGCUGAAUACAAUGCAAGACAAAAGCUUCCUAGACUUAAGAUGAUUCAUUCGCCGUUAUUGAAGCAUGCUGCACAGGUAUAUACUCCUAAUGCAUUUGAUUUAUUUCAAAAUGAGUUUGAUUGGAGUUCUGCUGCAUAUAUUGUUUCUUGUACAGAGAACAAUCAAAUGUCUGAAUAUCAAGUUGUUAUUUUUGAUAAAGAUGGAGAAUACACUGUAUCCGGCAAUGUGAAAGAUAUGAUUAUUUCUUGUAGUUGUGGAAUGUUCGAAACAAUGGGAUUCUUAUGUUGUCAUUGUUUAAAAGUUUUAAAUGUUUGGGAUGUGAAGCAAAUUCCGGCUCAAUACAUUAUGAAAAGAUGGACUAGAGAAGUAAGAAAGAUGAUUGUUCAUGACUCAGAUGGAAAAGUUGUUCAAAGUGAUACUAGAGCGGAUGCUACAGCACGGUACAAGAAUAUAUGUUUCAAAGCAAUCAAAUUAGCUGCUCGAUCAUCAGAUUUUGAAGUAACAUCUAAUUUUGUUGAGCAAGUUAUAGAGGAGGCAUAUAAGAAAAGUUACAAGAUGAUGAUGUUUCAAAUAUUUUGA